GGAAUCUCAUUGAUAAUGACAUGGAACUGGAAGAUUUUUUGGAUAUGUUACCAGAAUUUUGGGGGUUGCGAUUAAAAUUUUUGGUCACGAGCGAUGAGGAUGAAUUUGACUCUAGUUACGAAGGAUUGCUUAGACUAAGUGAACGUAUCGGCGAUGCAAAACCUAAGGGUGUUCCAGAACAUAUUAUCAAUACUUUACCAACAAAACUAUAUUUAAUGAGUAGAGCUAGAAGUCCGGAUGAGAGGUGCGAUUUACGUUUUUUCAACUUUUCUUUAUCGUUCCCCUUAUUACCUGGUAUAUGA